UUGUCACUUGUCCUUUACCAGCACAUCUGUCUCACACUCUUACUCACUCUCUCUGAUAAUUUCUCACUUCCACCUGAAAACCGUUUUAGGGCGCGAAGAUGUCGCCGGAAUACAACCUUCUCUGUAUUCCGAGAAUGGUUCUCCAAUCUUCCAUUCUCAGUUUCGAAGCUCUUCUUUUCCUUUCCCUCUUCGUCGCUGUGUUCGGGUUUUGGCUAGCUCCUGGUGGGCUCGCAUGGGCUAUUUCAAAAGCUCGAACUCGCAUGGCGAUUCCUGGACCACAUGGUUUCCCUCUGAUUGGACUGCUCGGAGUUUUCACGGCUUUGAAUCCUCAUAGACUCCUCGCGAAGCUUGCGAAGAGCUUCGACGCUUUGCCUCUCAUGGCUUUCUCCGUGGGUUUCACUCGCUUCGUCAUCGCAAGCUCUCCGGAGACUGCGAAAGAGAUUUUGAACUGUUCGGCUUUCGCCGAUAGACCCGUUAAGGAAUCGGCGUACGAGCUACUGUUCCACCGAGCCAUGGGUUUUGCACCGUACGGAGAGUACUGGAGGAAUCUGAGGAGGAUCUCGGCCACUCAUUUGUUCAGCCCCAAAAGAAUCGCCGGAUUUGAAACGUUCAGACGCGAAAUUGGGAUUAAAAUGGUGGAGGAAAUUAGGGCUUUGAUGCAUGAGAGACACGAAGUGGAAAUCAAGAAAGUGCUUCGUUCUGGGUCUUUGAACAAUGUGAUGAUGACGGUGUUUGGUCGAUGCUAUGAACGGUUCGAUGGUGGUGGUGAUGGGUUCGAGCUCGAGAAUUUGGUGAGCGAAGGUUACGAGCUUCUUGGGAUAUUCAACUGGAGCGACCAUUUUCCGAUUCUGGGUAGGUUGGAUUUGCAAGGGGUGAGGAAAAGAUGCAGAAAUCUGGUACCCAAAGUGAACGCUUUCGUCGGAAAAAUCAUCGAAGAACACAGAAUGAAGAGGAUCGAGAAAAACCACCAAUCUGCUGAAGAAAAUGUUGGAGAUUUCGUCGAUGUUUUGCUUGAUUUAGAGGAAGAUGACAAACUCACUGACUCUGAUAUGAUAGCGGUUCUUUGGGAAAUGAUUUUCCGAGGAACUGACACGGUGGCGAUUCUGCUGGAGUGGAUAUUAGCAAGGAUGGUUUUACACCCAGAUAUCCAAACCAAAGCCCAAGGUGAAAUCGACCAAGUAGUAGGCCGUUUUAGGCAAGUUUCAGACUCUGAUAUCCAAAACCUACCUUAUCUCCAAGCCAUUAUCAAAGAAUCUCUGAGGAUGCAUCCACCAGGACCUUUGCUCUCGUGGGCUCGUCUUGCUAUCCAUGAUGUUCAUGUGGGGAGUGAUUUUAUACCAGCUGGGACCACUGCAAUGGUUAACAUGUGGGCAAUCACUCACAAUGAGAAGAUUUGGUCAGAGGCUGAGAAGUUUAAACCUGAGCGUUUCAUGGAAGAAGAGGAUGUGAGCAUUAUGGGUUCUGAUUUGAGGUUAGCUCCAUUUGGAUCUGGAAGGAGGGUUUGUCCUGGAAAAGCACUGGGUUUGGCAACCGUUCAGCUCUGGUUAGCUCAGUUGCUUCAGAAUUUCAAAUGGAUUGCUACCAAAAAUGGUGGUGUGGAUUUGUCUGAAUGCUUGAAGCUUUCUUUGGAGAUGAAAAGUCCAUUGGUUUGCAGGCCUGUUCCUAGGAUUAAUGUCUGAAACUUUUUUCCAAGAAAAAAAAAAAAAAGGGGGCAUUUUUGUUAAAAGGAUGUGCCUUUUUCUCUCUUUUAUUGGCUGGUGGAUUUUGGGUUUUUGUCUCGUUUUUUAGCUUUAUUAAAAUAUCGUGAACGUAGUUUUGGUGGGAAGUUUUGGCUGGUCUCUGGCUAGAAAAUUUGGAUCUAAUGGAUGGGAUUUUAGGUUUCUUAAGUUUUAACAAAAAGCAGCAGAAAGUAGCUAGCUAGUUUGAUCAUGGAUUGUGAGCUCCUUCUGUAAGAUAUUGGUGUUUGUGUUUAAUCUAGGUUUGGUUGGUUUGCAUGAAUUUUCUUUAUGCAUUGUAUACAACUUAGAACUUAUAUAAAUUAAGUGGAAUAUAGAUAGUUUAUAUAUCUUUUUCUUUUCA